AGGGAAAAAACGUCAAAAAUGUUUUUAUCUUCCCUCAUUGAAGAAAUUUUAAUACAGAUCAAAUUUUUGGCUUCUAAAGCUAUUCUAAAUUAUGUAGGGUGUCAAUUAGCGAAAAUAGUAAUCGUAAAUCUUAAAAAUAUCAACGUAAUAAGCUGAAACCAGGUACAUAACUACAACAAUGGAUGAUUUUUCGACGGCCAACCACACUGACUACCAGUGGCCAUUUCCAAAACCUAUCGUCGGCAAACCAUGCGAGCCUCCCAGCCCUUCGGCAGCGCCGACCAUCCGCCCGGCUCCGGUGGCUCCGUACUGCCACUGCGACGCCCACUCCUACUCCCCAAGAGUGGAGCAGUACAAACAACUGCUGGAGAAGGAGCAGAAACUGUGCCAGGACUAUGAGCAGUUGAGGAGACAGAUGGUGGAUGUUACCAAUGACAUACUGGACCACCCAUGCGACGACUUGGACAGCAAAAUGAUCACAAUGUAUCAAGCCACGUACAAAAAGAGAUCCUUCCCAGUGAGCGAUUACAGAACCAUAAUCGCAGCGUCACAAUCCAGCGCGCCCAUUCCCAUGGAGAGCAACAAAUUAGGCGUACUCCGAUGCUACAAGGACCCGACUCACUUCACGGAAAACCCUCCAGUGGUCAGGCCGACCAUCAACCCUCCAGCAGUGGUUCACACAGGUGUCGCCCCCAAGUCGAUCCAGACGUGGUUCACGGAGUUCCCUGGCAGGACAGAGUACAUGGAUCGGUACAGCGCGUCGGCCAAAGCUUGCUGGCGCUCCAUGCAAAGGUUCAGAGAACCGAUGCCCUCGACCCGUCGCAGGGCUGACGACACGUGUGUGUAGUUUAACCAGUUUAGGCAAUAUACUGUGUUUGUUAAGUUUCAAUGAAUAAAUAAGGGAAGAUA